AUAUUUAGAAAGUUCUUAUCUUAAUAAAAUUUCGCACCAAUGCAAAUAAAGUAGCGGCAACCUAAUGCGAUCACCAUGUUUGAGGUGUCUCUAUCAGUGAAAAUUAUCACAAUUUCCUCAUCUCCAGCCUCUCUCUCUUUUGCUACUAUAACACCCAGACUCCGCAUAUAAAAGGCAACAGAAAUUGAAUUAAAAAAAAAAACAGAUCAUCGACUCUUUUGUGCGACCAACAAUCAUGGACACGAACGACCCACCGUUCGAGGUUAUCAGCUGUAUUCUCAAGAGCCUGCCUUGCAAUUUGACGAGGGAGAAAUUUUUAACACAAUUUGCCUGCAAGCUGACUUGAACAGUGAAUUUUUUUGUCUCUUCAAUGCACUUUUGCCUGGGAUUUUUCUAAUGUGAAAAUUUGUGCUGGUGAAAAUGGUUCUGGAAAUUCCUGAUCGUGCAUCACGAUCAAUGCCCGGUCUCUCAACAAAAUCAGUGAACUCUCCAACAGAAAGCCUUCAAGAUUCCGAAGAUGAUUUUGACAGGAUCUCAAAUACCUCAUUUAACCAGGCUUUAGCUGAGCCAACAUCAGCAAUUCUUGAGGUAUGCAAACGCAAAUUCAUUUCCCCAUAUGUCAACCUACUUGGAGCUGCUGGUCUUCGACCUCGAAAUACCGAUUCCCGGGAUUGCCUAACAUUCUUGGGACAUGUGCAGAGCUGUAUUAUCCUAAUCCUCCUGAUCGCAAGCUACACUCUCCAAUACCUCUGUGGCUUUCGACGCGAUCGUGGUUUCAGUGCCUUUGCCGAAAGCACCUCAAAUUGGAGUCAUGUACGAAAGUUUCAACACUUAACUGAGAUCACCUUCAUCUACGCCAUCCCAAGCUGCCUACACUUGUUUGGCUACCUGGCUGCUUUGACUGUGUUCCGCAUCGUGGCCAAUGAACAACUCCAGAGUCUCAUUGAACGCGUCUUCAUCGUCAACAACCACUUUCCGCGACGCCUGGUGGCUCAGUGCUGGAUGUACAAAUUAUUUGCUCUCAUAUGGCUCCUGGGUACCAUGAGUUUCGUGAUUUUGAUCACAGACAAGCAGACAGCCACCAGUGAGUGGUUUACCAAACUCUCCGGAACCAGCCAGCUAACUCUUACGAGACUUCUCCUGGUAACAAUAUUUGUUCAGGAUUUUAUUCAGAGCAUUGUCUUGUCUUCGUAUGCUGUUCAGUGUUUCCUGUUGAGGCACUUUCUCAGGCGGAUUAAGGAGAAACUCCUGGAGAACACAAUUGAUCCUCUGGAGUGGAUGAGAGAAAUGACAGAGUUUCAGAAGUUACUGGAACAUCUCAAUCAAAGGAUGUCAACUCCAGUGUCUCUCUUUGUCAUCUUGAAUUUUAUAUAUUGUCUCUCGGGGACGUAUCAUAUUGCCAGGCAGGAGGAUUUUAUUGAGAAUCUCGAGGUUAACCUCCUGGAGAUUUGCAAUGCAGGCUUUUGGGUGUUGGGAACCCUUUUGCCACUGCACCAGGCAGCUUCUCUGACAACAAAAUGCAAGGAGAUUCAAUCUUGUGGUCAUGAGAUUCGUAUCCGUCCAUUUUUGCAUCACAACACCUCAACGGAGGAUUUAAAUUCCGUCCUGAUUUAUGCCUCAUCGCUCAGGAUGUCUGCUCAAUUGCUCAAGAUGCCCAUAAAGGGUGGGCAUCUGUUUGGGAUUCUCAUUCUGGGAGCUGUGAUUCUUACAACAUUCGGAAUGUGCCUCCCUGUGGCGUAGAAAAUCCCCUCCACAGCAGUUUUUUGACCUCCCGGAUAGUUCCGGCAUAACCUCAAUCCCACAAUCUCUCCCAAAGUCCCCUACUCUCCGGACCCAGGUUGGUCCUCACCUGAGGGGCUUUGUCUUGGGAUGCCGUCAUUAGAGUAAACACAGUAACUUGGCCACGGUUGCGCCAUUUAAAGUGGAAUUUUAAAUGAGUUUUGCGUGGCUGACAAUUAAUUUCCGACCGCGACCCAGAAACAACCCAAAAAUCUAUUUCAGACCCAUUUACACCCCCAAAAACUCUAUGGACUUAUUAAGGAACACUACAUACCGUGGCUUAGACUGUUCCUCAACACAAAAUCACACUGAAUCAGUCAUUUUUUGCAAUUAUUCCACCAGAUAAUACGUGUAAUAUGUAAAUAACAAACUCACUCACACAACGCACUACCGAUCGCCAUGACAGUUCAACGGUGACUGAGGUAGUAGUGAGAAACACUGCAAGAGUUGCGCAAUUGGAGGGUUUCUAUCUCCAGAUUUAUGAAUAAAUUACAGGGUAAAAAAAUGUGGAAUUAAUGUUUUUCUUGUUGAAAAAAUAAAGAACAAAAAGUUUAAAGAUCCAA